CGAGGGCUGCUUGCGCGUGGUGGAGCGUCGACGAGCCAGUUUCUUGGCCAAGGACGGCAGGAAGACUUCGACCUCGGAGUCCGGGUUGGCCUCGUCCUCCUGCGCAGACGAGCCCUUGAGCUGCAGCGAGGACACCAACACCCACAACAAGCAGGUUCUAAGGGCGCCUCCGAGCAGAAGGAAAGAAUCGACACUCCACAAGGAAAGAUACAAAGGAAAAUGCCGGCGCUGGAAGAGGAAGCCGACGACCGCUGGAGCUAAUCGCGGAGAGGAGAUUGCCUUGUGUUUAUGCAACCCGCGGUGCUUCUUUCGCUCGUUAUUUGACUGACAAUGACAAGUGCAAACUUUUUUCAUAACUCACGCAGAUUUAUAAUAUAAAUUUUUAACCAGUUCCGAUCUUCUUGAAAAGUUUGAGUAGGAAAGUCUCAAGUAUGCGGUGCAAUCAUAACGCGAUUAUUCCGAGCCGCCGCUUAAAUCAAGUUCGCCCGACCAAAAAAGAAAAAUGUGAAAAGUGGUCUCCGGAUAAUUGAUCGACUCGAUUGUGCACGAUGAGCGGUUUCUUCAACAACUCCACCCAGGAUUACGAAAUGGACGAAAGGGACUGUUCGGAAGGGUCCAUCCUCGAGGGCCUGAUUUUGGGCACGUCGUGGUUCCAGGCGAUUAUUUUCACCGCCUACGUGCUCAUUUUCGCGGCCGCCCUCAUCGGCAACGGCCUGGUGGUGAUUUCGGUGCGCGCCUCGCCACGCAUGCGAACCGUGACCAACCUGCUGCUGGUCAACCUGGCGUUCAGCGACCUCCUGCUCGCUGUCGCCUGCGUCCCCUUUUCUUUCGUCCCGACCCUGGUGCUCCAAUACUGGCCGUUUGGCGCCCCGCUUUGCAAACUCGUCAGUUAUUGUCAGGCUGUAUCGGUGCUAGUCAGUGCGUACACGCUUCUUGCGAUCAGCGUCGAGCGUUACGCAGCCAUAAUGCGUCCGCUGCGUCCGCGUUUGGCGCGCAGACACGCUCGCUGGGUGGUUUUCGCAGUUUGGGUCGGCGCUCUUGCCUCUGCAACUCCAAUUCUCAUCGUUUCAGAGGUGGUUCAGCCGAACGAGCGGUACAAAAUGUGCGACUGGUUUCUGUGCACCGAGCAGUGGGACUCGAUGGACGCUCAGAAGCUGUACACGCUGGCCCUGUUGAUGCUGCAGUACGCGUUGCCACUGGGGGUGCUGCUUUUCACCUACUCGCGGAUCGCCGCCGAGGUGUGGGGCACGAGGCCGCCCGGCGAGGCGCACAACAUGCGCGACAUGAGGAUUGCCAAGAACAAAAGAAAGAUGGUGAAAAUGAUGGUGGUGGUGGUGCUCGUGUUCACCGUGUGCUGGGCACCGUUCAACAUUCUGCUGAUCCUCCUGGACAUGGAGCCGGAGCUGCGUUACUGGCCCGGUCUGCCGUACAUGUGGUUCGCGUGCCACUGGCUGGCCAUGUCGCACGCGUGCUACAACCCGCUCGUCUACUGCUGGAUGAACGCGCGUUUCCGCGCUGCGUUUGCGCACACGCUGCGUCGCGUGCCGCUGCUGCGCAGGUGCACGCCGCAGCCACCUGCAGAACCGACCCUGAACCGGGCCAACACGUGCACGUCCUACGUGAGCGUGCGCGCCCCGCGCAACUCGCAGAACCUCUCCUCCACCCAGAUGGUCACGCUGCGGCCCAACCUGCCCGUCAACAACAAGUUCCGUCCGAUCAUCCUGGACGACGAAGACAUUCUGUGAACGAACAGUGCGGUAAAUUAAACCUUUUUUUAAUUAGUUUUAACAUUAUUUAAUUCUCUGACAAUCAGAUCGGAGAAUUCAUCAGUACGGUCUGUGACUUGUAAAAACUUGAGUUAGUAGUUUUAAAUUAUUUUUUGUGCAGCUGCUAUUUAUCCACUUUUGAUCUCUCACUUGGAAAGUUUUGAAUUUCGGCAUAAAAAAAAUUGUAAAAUGCAGCUCGCUCUCCUAACUUUCCUCUGUAUACGAAAAACUCUCUGCGCGAAUGUUUUAAAUUUUAACAGGGAGUGACAGAAAAAAGGAGAAGUCGCUAAUAUUGUAUUAUGCAAAUUUUAAUGGAAAUUAUUGACACUUGAAUGAUGUGUGAUUUGAGCAGAUAAAGUUUUGUAAAACUGAGAGAACAAUUUAAUGCUUGACAAUUAUGACGAGUUUUAAGGAAAGUGAUGUUACGUAAAAUCAAACUUUGAAACUUCCCAAGGAACAAUUGAAAAUAUAAAUUCGUUAAUUUUCCACGAAAAAGGACCAAAGAAUAAGAAAAGAUGAACCUCUCACACAAUCAAAUGUGUUAACGCGCAGUUUAACGAAAGUUCUACAUUGCAUUUUUUCUAAAUAAGACCAACUGUUUUUAAGAGUCUUCAAAAAAAUCAAAUGGAAUUUGCUCUCCUCCUUAAAAUUCAAGUGAAAAACAUGAUUAUUAAAAUAAUAGCAAGAACAAUUUAAAAAAUUUAAGAUUUAAAUAUGAGAAAAAUUAUCUAAAUAAUAACGCGUGACUGUCCAACGCUGAUCAAAAUGUUCAAAUGUUUGCAAGAUUGUAUUUUUUUUUUAACAAAUCAAUUCAAAUUGUGGGAAGGCGUUUUAUGCUUAUGGAGAAAGCUUCAUAAUAUUUAGGAAAGUGACGCUCAAGGGCAUGUAAUUAAUUGCUAUAUUUUUGUAAAAAUCAAUAAUUUAAUUCACAUUUUUAAUACUUCGGCAUAAUCCAUCAGAUAAAUUUAUACAAUCAACUCAAAAUCAGCUUUUGCAAAUUGUAUAAGAAGCCAAUCGUUAUGUGUAAACUUCUUUAACACGUGGAAUUCCAAUAAUUAUGCUCCGUGAAACCCCUGCUUUUCCUCUGUUCUUUGAUGUGAACAUUGCGGAAGUUUGUGUUUGCCGCUCUGACUGUGCAUUAUUGUCACUUUGAAACUCUCAUCGCCGUGCUGCUUUGAUGAUGCGGAAUUCGAGAAUGAUUUUAUAUCAUGUGCUCCUACGGCAGUUUGAUGUUUGAUCGUCAAAAUUGGAAAACGCGACAUGCCUCUGUGUGCGACAGUAGAGGUGUAAUUGGAAGUCGGUCUCUCUCUCUUGAUGUUCCACCAUGCAUAUAUUUCGAGUUUCAAAGAAUUUUUGGGUCUAGUUAUUUAUUACAAAGCAAUUGGACAGGAUUUUUUCUUGAGAAAUUGGAACUCUAAGGGAAAAUCGUUGAAAAUGACACAUUUUCUUUGUGGAGAAAGUUUAUUUUCCAGCUUGACUAGUUUCAGCUUGAACUGCAGCCCAGAGGAAAAUACACAAAGUAAUUUGUAUGUUGGUGAAAAGCAAAUUUUCAUUCAGUUCUCUGGAAUUUUCUUCAUUUAGUGUAUUUUCCUCAAUAGGGCUGCAGCUACUGGUCGAUACUUCUCAAUACUUGUCGGAACUUAUUGUUAUUAAAUUAUGUCUGUGAAUCUCUAUAAUUGUUCUUCAAGGAAUAAAUUAUUCAGUGUUUGAGCUGGAAUAAAUUUAACUCAGUGUCAAAAAUGAAAAUGUCGAAUAUUGAUAAUCAAAAUGGAAAAACAAUUCAAACUCUCUGUCAUGCAUCAUUCGUUUCAUCAAGAUCAAAUUAUGUAAAUUACUAUCAAAAUCUGGUAUCUUUUUUAUCAAAACAGAAAUCUAGUCUUGAUUUAUCUAGUCUUUCAUUCUUAUUUAAAUCUUGGCAGUCGUGAGACGAAAUUAUUAUCAAUCGUCUUCUCUCCCGAGUUUAUUUGUAGCGAAACUUCCAAAUUAUUGACGUUGCCAAAAACACGACUUAUUCUUGUGUAAAAUAUUUAUCAAGCAUCUCGUCUGCAGCAGACAAGGUGCCAUAAUUCUCUCGCUGAACGUUAAAUGUUGCGUUUUCUCUUGGCAGAGAAAACAAAAAGAACAUGAGUGUGUGCAUGUAAGUUUGGCCUGUUUCAUCUCCAGCAGCUGUGAAAUAAAAUAAAGAACACUUUGGCGCGCGUGUAACUUUUGUCUUUUGCUUUCCGCACCACACCCUGAAAGCGCAGCAUCAAUUCUCACUUACUUUUCUGCGCCAAACCUACCAUUACGCCGCGUUAAACACACCCUGCUUUAUCUCCCCCGAAAAGCAGAAUUCAACGUGCUUUUUUCAGCUUAUGAACUUUCCUCACAGACUAGGGAUCGAAGGGUGUUUCGUUUUAUCGUCCCUCGUGGCUCAGGGGCCCUCAUAAUAUGGACCCUUUCGCCUCCACGUGUGCGACGUCUUUAUGUGUGUCUCGUUUUUACGGCGGCGACUUCUGCGGAAUAAUAAA